AGGAGCUCCUGGAGGCACCCGCUGAAGCAAGACGCCUCACAAACAAAAGUUCAAGGUGGUUUUUGUGAAACCAUUGCCAUACUCCUGCUGUGGCGCCUGUAGAAAAUGGAAGAGUGAUUAGGCUCCUGAGAAAUGGCACCUAUGCUGAGCCAUGUGACAUUUCUGCUCUCUUGAUCCACCUGGUUGACUAUUACUACAUGCUUUCAGGAGGAAAAUCUGUGUUCUGCUUCUGUGCUGAGGACAAAGAUGUCUUAGUCCGUGGAUAUGUUUCCUACAGGCUGCAGUAAUUUAUGUAAUAACCAUUAACUGCAGUGGUGCUUGUACCUCAGCUCAGCAGGGAUGGAUCUCUGGGCCUUUGUGGAGCUGGUAGUUAUAGAAAAGAUGCAAUUUUUCUUUAAGGAAAAAAGGAAGGUCUUAGAUGUAUAAACUCCUCCAGCCAAGCACUGCUUGCCCUGAUCUGGAUAGGCUCAUUGUUUUUGAUGGAUCCAUGCUAACUUGUGCCUUCUAAGGAUUUGCCCAUCAAUUUUUAUCAGCUUUCCAGCAUGGGAUGGAGCAAGAAUAUUUUAGAGGCUUUGUGUCUGCUCUCUGGAUUAGAGCCUCUGCUCCAAAGAAGCCCAUCCUUAACAGGGAGAAAGAAAGCAAAAACUUUUGGUCAUUCUUAAUUUUUAUUUCCAGUUGUGUCAAACUUCUUCCUAAUCCAGAAGGAUUUGUUCAGUACCCAUUUUUCAGUCACCAAAAUCUUUGUCACUUCUCUGGUUGUUUCCAGGGUCUGGCUCCUGGGCUGGCCUGUGCUUGCCACUGCACCCAGGGAGUUCUCAAGCAGGCAAUGAUAAACUCCUGGGAAAUUUAAUGUAGCCAAACCCAUAAGUAGAUCUGAGGCUUUUGCACUUGCUACUCUAGUCUAUAAAAAUCAGCUUCCAUAUAAUUUGGGGUUUAUUUUGGGAUGGGUGUUCUGUAUUCUUCCUUCAGAGAAUCUUCAUCAGCAUCUUCCUGAGCUGAAAACUCUGGAAUUUAAUCUGCUCAGCCAUACUUCAGACAGAUUCAAAACAGUGCAACUUGCAAUAGCAAAGAGGACAGAAGAUGGUCCCCAGCACCUCCCUUGGCUCUGCUGGGCUCUGUGCAUAGGCUCUGCCAUUCUUUCAGCCGUGCAUCACAGCUGCCUGCAGAUCACACCUGCCUGAUGAUUUCCACAGCAACUUGGGCACUCAAGGCAGGAAUAUGAGCUGCGCCGCGGCUGCCGCGCUCUGCGGGCUGGGAGCGAGCAGAGACACCCACCCUCUGAAGUUCUGUGCCUGCUGUGCGCCUCUUUUAUUUGCUGCAACAAGAAAAGCCUUUUCUUUUAACCCCGCUCCCUUUGAAGAAGUAGCUCGGGAAGCUUCAUGGCCUCUCAAGAAUCUCAGGGACAAACCAAAUUAAUCUUUAAGGAUUAUCUCCCUGGUUCUUCUGACAUUCCUCAACAGAAUAUGCCUGUUGAACCAACAAGUCUCUGGAAGCAAACGUCACACACUCAUAAUUUGCCACCUGGUCUGGAGUACCUGAACCAGCUGGACCAGAUAAUUAUCCAUCAGCAAGUGGAUCUUCUGGAAGCCAUACUUGGCACAGAGACCUGCAGCAAAUACGAGAUAAAAAACCCCUUGGGGCAGAGAGUUUACUUUGCAGUGGAAGAGAACGGCUGCUUUGACCGCAGGCUGUGCUCGCCCAUCAGGGCCUUCACCAUCAGGAUUGCGGACAACGCGGGCCGCGAGGUGAUCCGGGUCAUCAGACCCCUGAGGUGCAGCAGCUGCUGCUUCCCCUGCUUCCUGCAGCAGCUAGAAGUUCAGUCCCCACCAGGCACAGUAGCUGGGUACGUUGUACAGAACUGGGACCCUUUUCUGCCAAAGUUUACUAUACAGAAUGAAAGCAAAGAAGAUGUUCUAAAAAUAGUUGGCCCAUAUGCAACCUGUGGCUGUUUUGAAGAUGUUGACUUUGAGGUAAAAGCUCUCAAUGAGAUGACAACGAUUGGCAAAAUUUCCAAGUAUUGGUCUGGAUUUGUCAACAACGUCUUCACCAACACUGCCAACUUCGGGAUCCAGGUCCCUGUAGAUCUCGACGUGAGGAUCAAGGCAGUCAUGAUUGGUGCUUGCUUCCUCAUUGACUUAAUGUUCUUUGAAAACUCUUUGGAUGGAUUAUAACAAGAUGACAGAAACAAUGAAAUAUGCAGAAUGUGUUUCAGUAGGUAAAAAUGAACAUAAAUUGAUCUUCCUGCUUUGAAGGCUUAUACAUUUCUAAUUCUUUUUCAUUUUCUUCCAGAAAUCGUUUGAGCUUUGGACAUGAUUUUGAACUGCAAAAAUCCUUGUUCCUUAUAGGAAAAGACAGGGAGCUAAUGAUGAUGUUUAUUAAAAUAUGUCUCAUGUAAAUAAUAAUUUCCCACAUAUUUUUUAUGUGUUAUAGCUAAACACAUACUUUUCACACAGAGCACUGUUGCUUUGGAACAGUGCUAUUCUCUUCUUUCUCUUUUGAUGUUCCUGCAUGGGAAAUCAUGAAAGAUUAGAUGAAGGCUUGCAGCAUCACUGAUGAAAGUCUAUGUUUAGAGAAGCCUUUGAUGUUUUGCAAGUGCUGGUACCGGUUUCUAACCACAUGAGGGUGUGUUCUAGGGGUUUUGCUUUUUUAUAAUUUUAGAAGUAAUUUUCUGAUUUGUUAUUUAAUUAAUAGUAGCAAACUGAUUUGAAAGUAACAAAUAUAAAGACAUACCCGAUGGGAAAUUGAAGAUGUUAUCUGUUUCAGUGAGUUGGAAGAAUGGAAGUUAUGUUUGCUACUAAAUUAAUUUUGUGACAAAGCUUGUUUUAAUGAGUGGCAGACAGAAAUUAGGCUUCCAGCCCUAGACUUGGGAAUGUAAGUUCUAUUCUGAACAUCUGAUCUUCCACUAUUUGCACUGAAUGCAGGCCACAGGUAAAGUUUGAGUGAUGGUCCUCUGUGUGCUAGAGGCUCUCGAGUCACUUCCUUUGUACUAGCCAGUGUUAAGGAUCCUUGCUGCCAUCUACUCAAGGCUUUCCUGAAAAGGUUUGUUCCUCUUU